AUGAACCUGACUACACCCUGUCACCUCGCACUGCUCCUUGUGCUUGUUGUAAACCUGACAGGUGUGUACGGGAGCAGGAUCAUUGGGGGUGCAGAGGUAAACCCCUACUCCCUCAAGUUCCAGGCCUCCCUCCAGUUCCUGAACUCCCACUUCUGUGGAGGCACCCUCAUCCACAGACAGUGGGUGGUGUCCGCUGCCCACUGCUGGAGGCCGCAACACCUGGUCCAAGUGGUUCUGAGUGAGCACAACAUCAACGAGGUGGAGGGCUUUGAGCAGAGGUUCAAUGUCUCCAAGAUCUAUAGGCUCUACCCGAACAAACCAUAUAUGUUUGACAACGAUAUCAUGCUGCUAAAGUUGGAAAAUCCAGUAACGAUCAAUUCCAGGGUCGAGCCGGUCUCUUUGCCACCGCCGACUUCUCAACCGUUGGCUCACUAUACCCGGUGCACAGUCAGCGGCUGGGGCGUGACCUGGCUCAACAGAUACAGCUUGUCACCAGUACUGAGGUCUGUGGAUGUGAACAUCUUCGCCAACUGCUGGUUCUACUACUACUUCAUGAUCACAAACAACAUGAUCUGUGCUGGCUCUUACCAAGGUGGCAAAGACUCCUGUCAGGGGGACUCUGGAGGACCUCUCAUCUGUAAUGGUAAUUUUGAGGGUAUUGUAUCUUGGGGAUAUGGCUGCGCCCAUCCCAACUACCCUGGCGUCUACACCAAGGUCAGGAACUACCUCGGAUGGAUGAACUGGAUCAUCCAGAACAACUGAUGAGAUUCUUUAAUAACAGGCUCCUCUAAGACUCUGCUGUGAGGAAGAUUUGAAUGUUUCCUAAUGGACUCAAAGGACUUCAUGGAUUCUUUUUUUGGGGGGGUCAUCUUUUAUGCUUUACUUUUAUAUGAGCAUGAAUAUAUAACAUAAACAUCAGUCCCGAAAAAUGACACAUCGUGAGACACUCUAUCUCACGAUGUUAAGGAAAUAAUGCAUAUUACAGACAAACAAACUAACGAAUGCAGACAAAAACAUAAGCUCCUUAAGGCAGGGGUCUCAAAUAUAAGAUAUAAAGUCAAAGUUUUACAUAACAGCUAAAUGCACUUUGCAUUUUAAAGUUAUUCCAUUGUGUUUUCAGGUCUUUCCUGAGCUGAUGUUAAAGAUUUUGGACCCACAAUGUUUUUAGGGAUCAUUUUAAUGUUUGACGAAUCCACAUCAUUACUGAAAGCCGUACUUUGCCGUAUCAAUAAAGAUGCAUAUUUUCACAAA